AUGAAUGGGGAAGAUUGUGCACCAUUUUUUGAUCAUGUCACGCUAUGUGUGCCCAAAACAGCACAAAGUAUGAAGCGGGUCUUCUUCUGGUCUUCUCUUGUUGGGCGUCACUUCCUCACACUCAAAUAUUUCACAAAGGGGGAGAUUGAGCAGCUGUUGUGGACCUCGGCAGACUUAAAGAUCCGCUACAAGCAGAAUGGGGAGGCCUACAGACCCCUAGAAGGGAAGUCGGCUGCUCUGAUAUUUGAGAAGCGUAGCACCAGAACGAGAGUUUCUAAUGAAACAGGAUUUUCUUUGCUUGGUGGACAUGCUGCUUUCCUAUCACCUGCUGACAUACAUCUUGGUGUCAAUGAAUCGGUUACAGAUACAGCAAAAGUCUUGUCUGGAUUUGUUGACAUUGCUCUUGCUCGAGUUUACGACCAUGAAACUCUCCUCACCUUGUCAACAGAGGGCUACAUUCCGAUCGUCAACGGUCUCUCCGAGAUUUACCAUCCCCUCCAGGCUCUAGCUGAUUUCCAAACCCUCCAGGAGCACUAUGGUUCUUUGAGAGGGUUGACCGUAGCAUGGGUUGGAGAUGGAAAUAACAUUAUUCAUUCCCUUAUGAUGGCAGCUGCUCCUUUGGGAGUCAACGUGAGAAUUGCAACCCCCAAGGGUUAUGAAGUCUUCCCACAGGUAGAGAAAGAUGCAGCUAAAUUGGCAGAACAAUACGGUACAUCCUUCUACUACACCAAUGAUCCUAUGGAAGCGUGUCAAGGGUCGAAUGUCAUCGUCACGGAUACCUGGGUCAGCAUGGGUCAGGAAGAAGAGAAAGCAGAGAGAUUGAAGGCGUUUGAAGGUUACCAGGUCAAUAUGAAGAUGUGCGGGGUAGCACAGAAGGACUGGACAUUCCUCCAUUGCUUGCCAAGGAAAAUGGAAGAGGUGAACGAUGAGGUGUUUUAUUCUCCUAGAUCCUUAGCAUUUCACGCUGCAGAGAACAGAAAAUGGACAGCAAUGUCCGUAAUGCUCUCUCUACUAAAGGAUCACACACCAACAACGCCCAAACCAACAUACUAGGAGCAUUGCCAUUGAAGACCUUGCAUUUGAGAUGGAUUUUCAUCUGCACCGAUUCAGUAUCAUGAAGACAAUUCUAGUAACAUUUUAUAUGUAACUUGUGUAUUCAUCCUUGCUCCAAAUCCCUAGAUUUCAGAUAAUGUCCAUAUCUGGUAUCACUAAAUGUUGUGAUCCCUUAGGCACGUGACGCAUUAUUGAUCAAAAUCAAUGUGUACAAUUUCUGACCUCUCCGUUGAAUUGAUGAAGUUUUAGUCUUAUAAAGACAUAAACUCUGCAAUUUGUUUUGUCAGACAUGAAGCAUUUGUGACUAUCAGCCAGGGAUGAAAUUGUAGGUGAAAAAAAUUGCAUUCUGGCAUAAUUGUGGAGUGUUGCAAGAUACUUGUAAUAAGUUUCAAGUCAAAUUCAGGUUUCAAAAUCAAUCAUAAGUCUCGAUAGUAAUUGCAAAUUUGCAAUUAAUUGCUGGCCUACUUCUUGUAUCCAUAACUACAAAUUGAUUUACAAGUGCUAGUUGAAAUUAUUCUGCCACUUGUUAAUUUGCAACUGAUAUUUGCAAUUGAUUGCAAGUAUUUUCUUGCCCCAGGACCAUUAUCUGUGGUGGAGUGAACUUUUUUUGGUUGUUUAAUUAAUGAUAAUAAUCCGCUUUUAUAUAGCGCUUAGCCGCUUAAUACAUCAGAACGACGUGUCUAAACGCUUUACAGUUAUUGCCCUGGUCAUCAGAUUCAAUCAGUCACUCCCGCACACAAUGUGUACACAUCCUCCACUCCCUGGGGAGUAUUCCAGUCAGUCGCCGGUGAGGCGCAUACAGUACUGGACAAGCUAAAAAGGCAUACAGUACUGGACAAGCGAAAAUGACGUUCACAUCCCACCGGGUACCCAUUUAGCACCUGGAUGGAGAGUGGCAAAGUGUGGAUUAACGCUUUGCCAAAGGACGCGAGACCGUAGUGGGAUUUGAACACAUGACCCUCUGUUUAUAAGGCGAGAGUCAGAACCACUACACCACCGUUCCUUAAAGGACAAGUCCACCCCAACAAAAAGUUGAUUUUAAUAAAAAGAGAAAAAUCCAACAAGCAUAACACUGAAAAUUUCAUCAAAAUAGGAUGUAAAAUAAGAAAGUUAUGACAUUCUAAAGUUUCGCUUAAUUUCACAAAACAGUUAUAUGCACAUCCUGGCUGGUAUGCAAAUGAGGAGACUAUGACGUCAUCCACUCACUAUUACUUUUGUAUUUUAUUAUAUGAAAUAUGAAAUAUUCUAAUUUUCUCCUCAUUGUCAAGUGAUACAACGAUUAAUUCCUCCCUGAACAUGUAGAAUUAGCAUUCACUAUAUGGUUCAGUCAAGUUGGUCUUUAUUGUCAAAUCUAUAAAAAAUGAAAUAUUGUAUAAUUCAAACAAUAAAAAAACUAAAGAAAUAGUGAGUGAUGGACAUCAUCGACUGACUCACCUAGUUGUGCAUAUCACUGUUUUGUGAAAAAUAAGCGAAACUUUAAAAUGUAAUAACUUUGUUAUUUUACAUCCGAUUUUGAUGAAAUUUUCAGCACUAUGCUAGUUUGAUUUUUCUCUAUUUAUUCAAGUCAGCAUUUUCCUGGGGUGGACUUGACCUUUAAUCAAUAGUGAUUGGUAUGUUGGUCCACAUAACUUUAAUAGAGGAGGUUUAUAGUUAACUGUGCUGUCCUGAACAGGGCUGUUUGGAUAGUGGAAUGGGUAAUAACAAUGAAGUAUAUUAAUCCUGAGACGCAAGAAAAUGGUAAACUAAUCCUCUUUACUGUCCCACCUUCAAUCUUCCAUACGUCCAAUAUUCACUGAAGAAAUCUUUAGACUAGAUUAUGCAAAUCAUGAUACACUGUUUAGUGUUGCUGUUCUCAUCUCAAUCGAAUUUCUUCAAAGUCAAAUUGAUUACUGUCGUCCUAAUAAAUUUGAAUUUGGCCAAGUUAUAUGUAUUGCAUAUUUUUCAAUCAUGACGGGUCAUGGUCAUUGCUGCACAUGGAAUCAAAUUGCAUGUUUGGUGAAAAUCGCUUUACUCGCACUGAAAUACCUUUUUUAAAGAACUGGCAGUCAAACUGCUUUUGUAGAGAAUUAUGAUAAUAUCUAUUUGCAAUAAAUGGGCAUCCGUGCACUUUUAAUGCCUUUUGUACUAAGUUUAAAUCAUACCGUCUUUUUUCCCCAUGAGUCGUUUCAUUUUAUUUUAUUGGUGUAUUUUAGCUGAAUUGGGGACUGGUGGGGGUGGGGGGUGGGGGGACAAGUCCUGACUUUGGUAUUGCACAAAAUGUCCUGUUGUAAAAACUUUCAGAAUUGUUGAAUAUGUUACCCUAUCUAGGCCUGGGUAUUUUGGGAGUUAAUAUGGGCCGGGGGGGGGGGGUAGCCUUGGAGGCUCCCCCCCCCCUUGAGAUCUUGGCUGCGACCUAUGGAAGAGAGUGCACUAAGCAAGAAGAUGGCAUGUGCAUUCUGUGAUUUUCAGUUUAACCUCUUCCCCCCCCCCACCUUUCCUUUCAAGGGUAACCAGAGCAUUUUUUUUUUCAACAUGCAUUAUAUGUAGGGAGAGGUAAAAAUAUUUACUUACUGAACUGAAAUAUAAUCAUGAUUGCAAUUUGUAUCAUUUUCUGCCGUAUUUCAUUAUGUUUUCAGUAAAUGAAUAUCCAUUAUCUCAGUAAAUAAAUCAUAUUUAGAAUAUUAUAUUUAUUAUGUUGUAAGUUGAAAGUCAUUAUGUUUUUAUUAAUUAUUUUGGUAGAUGGGAAAAUCAUUCGCUACAAUAUUUAUUCUGUUUUAAGUUGGAAGUCAUUAUGUUUUUAUUAAUUCUUUAGGUACAUGGGAAAUUGUUUGCUACAAGCAAUUUUAAACCACAUUUGUUGUAUGAAGAAAUUAAUCAGAGUAGUAAAUACAGUAUUUAUGAACAUGUUGAAAUUACAAGAAAUUGUGUUAAUAAUUAUUGCCGCGUACCCAUGAAUCUAAAAUCUUUUUAUAGGGAACAUAAUCUGCAAUAAAAUGGUCACUAUUAAUUGUACUGCUGUACUUAAACAUAAUUAUGUAAUGAAUUUAUUUGUGUUUUUAGAUGAUCUACGCUUGACAGGGUUCCGUUAGGGUAUUCUGCUUCUUUGUUGUUUUCAAAUUUGUGCUGAAAAUUAAACCACUUUUUGAAUAUUCAUCUUUCCUUUCAA